AUGGCUCAAAUUUUGAAAGGAUCUACAGUAGCAAAGUAAGUGAGGCUUAAUUUUUGUCCUAUUCUUAAAUCGUACUGCUCUUUCGUGCAAUUUUUAGCAUGCACUUUUUAUAAAUAUGGCAUGAGUCAUCAUGGGUUCAUGACCAAAAGCACAGCCAAACGCGGCUCAUGUGGUAACGUUUUAAUAUGCUACAAUUUGGCAUUGUGCAAUAGGUAUACAACAAUAAAUGACAUUAAAACAUAAUUAACGUUAGCCAUUAAAUUUGAGACAAUUGUUCUGAAUUGUGAAACACCGCCACAUUUUUUUAUCUGCAUGUAUGUAGUCUAGCAACACAAGAGGCGGUAUUGGGGGCUUGUGACACUACCAGGAGCAGCUGGGACAUUUCCCCAUGAGAGCCAAAGGUUUAAAUGAUAAAUGUACCCAAUGAAAGAAAGAGCCUUUUUCCCCUGACUGGAAAGUUUGGAAUUUGCAACUUUGUAAGGGGCUGCAUCCAUAUUCAAGUUGCCACAAAAAAUGUCAAAUUGAUAUUUUUUUGUUUAACGUUUCCAUCCAAUGACAGUUAAUGCAGUUCCACAUUCAUGAGUUCAAGCUAUUUGGCAGUUGUGAAUCAAGAAUGUCAUAAUUUAUCAGCUGGAGUUAUAUAUACUUCAUGUAUUCGAACCAUUCUCGUACCCAGAGCCCUUCUUACGCGCGGUCAACCGAGCACGAUGAGGAGCUCUGGCCAAAUCCAUAUCAAACUGGCAUCUUAUUGGCUACACCGAAGGUUAUUAUUCUUAUACCGGAUAUAUUCUAUUACCAUGUUUUUAUGGUAUCCGGUUAUGGAUUUGGCCAGAGCCCCUCGUCGCAACGCGCGUAAGAAGGGCUCUGGGUACGAGAAUGGUAUUCGAACCAGCCAGAGCCAUGGCGAAGCUAAAAAUGUGAGUCUACCCCCCCCCCCCUACUUUGCACACUGUGUAUUACCUCUUUGAAAUACUGUUAUGUAUAGCACUGACGGUCAGCUGCAUUUAGAAACUGAAUGUCAUGCAACUCUCUGCAUGAACCCAAUAUAUCUAACCCAAUCUGGCCUCCCUUGUCAAAUAAACAGAUAAAAUCCAGUAGCAAUUGAUGAUUCCCCUUAUUACGUUUUCGUAGCGCUUUGCAUUGUGGUUAUAGUGGUAUCACUGAUAUUCAAGAUGGCUUAUUUUUUGUCCUGACCCGUGCAAGAACUUUUAAAAAAAGCUAGAGUCAGGUGAUCAAUAGCUAACAGCAAAAUAUUCGCGAAAACAUUCAAUAUUUUCAUUCGAGGCCUCUAUCUUUAUCAGUGAUACCACUAUAACCACAAUGCAAAGCGAUACGAAAUACUUAAUAAGGGGAAUCAUCAAUUGGGCAAAUUGAGGUAAGUGAUAAAGAAUGAUACAAACUUUUACAGAGAUAUCCGUGCCAAGUUAAAAGUGAUUGUUGAUGAAACAAGAGAGCAAUAUCCAGAAUUUAAUCCAUGUUUAGCCAUAGUACAGGUAAAAUUAUAGUCAAACUACAUUCUUGGCUGCAUAUAUACCAAAAUAUGUAUACUUUUAGAACGUUUUAGGUAUACUGAACAUGUGUAUACAUACCAAUACCAUAUAUAGCUCGUUAAUUAUUUACACAUUUUUUUCUAGUUGUCAGUAGGUGCAAUGGCAGGUCUAUCCUUUCUGUUUACUGUACAUGUGCACAUCAACUUAUUUUCAUUGCUUUCCAGCUCUGUCAUAUACAUGUAAACCCUGACAUUUAUCUGUUUGUCUCACUAGAUUGGAGAUCGUGCGGACUCAACAUCUUACAUCCGAGCGAAAUCAAAGGCUGCGAACGAGGUGAAUAUUAUUUCUUGUAUAGUAGUAGCACUUAACAUCAGAAAUUUUUCUCAGUCAAUUCCAUUUCAAACAAUUAAUACAAAAUAAACGUUUUCCAUCUUCAAAUGACUAGAUUGGAAUGGUUGCAACACAUGUAAAAUUAUCAAAUACCGCAACUGAACAGGAGGUGGGUAUUACAUUUGUUGAUAAAUUCUUUGUAAAACUUAGCCCACUGAUGGUAACUUUCCCUUCGACAUUCUGGAUUGUUUGGUGUUAAAAUUAUACAGCAUGUGUUAAAUGUAUUGAAGUAGUUUUUAUUAGGGCAGGGUGUGAUAAUUAAAGAUUUUUAGUCAUACCUGGCUGGUACACCAAUGAUUAUUGCUACAUACUUAAACAAUAAGUACAUAAAAUACAAGUUUUUGAAAAGUAUAUUCAGAUUACAAGUUAGAACAAGAAGCACAAUUGCACACACAAACAAUAGACUCCAACAUUUUUUGUGCCAUCAGCCCAAUCAUGUUUCGUGCCAAGACAUUUCAGACUUACACAUGAUAUACCAACUAAAUUAUGGUAUUGAAUAUCUUGGGCUUGGAAAGGUCUUGUGGUACCAUUAAAAAGUAAGUGGUGUCACAUGAUACAUGGCUGAAAACAAGGAAGUUCCACGCCAUAAUAUUGCAGUUGAAAGAGUCGAUACUUGCAUAACUUGGCAUGCAUUUGUGUGAUUAUAAUAAAAUUAGUUUUAAUUUUUUGUUUCAAUCUUUCAUUUUCCAAUGAUCAGGUAUUGAAGAAAGUUGAUGAAUUGAACAAAGACCCAAAUGUCCAUGGCAUUAUUGUGCAACUACCACCUGAUUCGUCGGAACCUAUUGAUCCAUCUGCUUGCACGAACGCUGUUGCACCUGAGAAAGAUGUCGACGGGUGGGAAUUAGAUUUUGAAAUUCACUAUUCUGUCACAGAAUUACCCUCAUUUACUAUAUAACGUUCUGACAAGUGGUCUUUGUAAGAGGUUUUGCUUUAUAUGUUGUUUUGUUUUAUAUGUUGUUUUGUUUAUUUGUUCAGUCUGAAUGAUGUAAAUGCUGGAAGGCUUGCUAGAGGUCAACUGAAUGAUUGUAUUGUGCCGUGCACACCACGAGGUUGUCUGGAACUGAUACAGAGGACUGGUUAGUAAUUGCUUUAAUAUUUGUAUCCAUGCUAAAGCCCUGUGAAACAAGGAGGUUAAUGAGAUUUGUGCAGUCAUGCAUUGUUUUAGGAGACAUUUCAAUCUCUAGAUUAACAAAAUAAAUGUUUGAUGAGUGUUCCAACUAUGUUUUAACUUUAAUCAAAUACAUGGUAGGUUGGGAAAGCAUUAAGAACAUCCUCAUUCCCAUUUCAUCCGGGCUUACUGUAAUUCUAUAAGCUCAGUUCGUAUACAGUACAGAAAUUUUUCGCAUGUAGUUUACACAUAUUUUGUACAUCUUUUCUUCACCAAUAAGGCAUUGAAGUACAAGGAAAGAAAGCCAUAGUUCUCGGACGAAGUAAAAUUGUCGUGAGUUUGACAUAAGAUUUUUGCAUGCGUUUUGAUUUGAGGACUUUGUGUGUUAACUUGUGCAAGAAUAUUGUAUAUUAUGAAUCAUUUGCAUGUGUUGUGUUUCCCUAGGGUGCUCCAAUGUCUAAUCUGCUAACAUGGAAUCAUGCCACCGUUACAGUCUGUCAUUCAAAAACAAAAGACUUGCCUGACGUUGUAUGUAUAAGAUAUUUAGUAGAAUUUUGUUUGCUUGCUUCCUCCGGUUCUCGAGAUGGUUCAGAUUUGACUUCAACUACCGCUAACUCUCACAGACUUAAUAUGCAUUUGAUUGGUUAAUCGGGUAGAAUAAAUGCAUCUGAUUGGUUAAUUUAAUGGUAGUUGAAGUUAAAAUCUGAACCUCGCUGUUAUUUAAUAUACAAAAUGUCUAAUUUGCAGUAAUUUGAUGUUAUUUCUGUCUUUCUAGGUUCGAGAAGGAGAGAUUGUCGUAGUUGCAAUUGGUAGCAAACAUUUUGUAAAAGUGAGAGUUUUUAGAGAAAAUAUUUAAUUCUGGUGUAGGGCAAUAAGUAUCACAAAUUUACUGUCGUUCCAAUUGAAGUGUUGCUCAAAUAUUGAUUCAAUACAUUACCUCGGGCUGACCAAUUCAUUUGAUCAAGUUCAUCGAGAUAUUCAUACACUUCCUAGUAUAAUUGUAAACUUCCUGUUGAAUAGUUUGAAUGCACCAAUCACCUUUGUUGUUUGUGCAACUAACCAAUCAUAAAUAGAAAGGAAGUGACCAGAAAUGAUCAAAUACUUGGAAUUGGCUCUUUCACAGGAAGUAUAUGAAUAUCUGGAGGAACUUGAUCAAAUGAAUUGGUCAGCCCGAGGUAAUGUAUUGAAUCAAUAUUUGAGCAACACUUCAAUUGGAACGACAGUAACCCAGUGCCUGAAUACAUAUUUGAUGAAUUAUAUGUGUUUUUGUUUAGGGAGACUGGAUUAAAGAGGGUGCUGUUGUGAUAGACUGUGGUAUUAAUGCCAUCCCAGGUACAGUAAUUCAGAGAUUAUAGCCAGGGUACUUUUACCCUACUUUUACCUCUGUAUUAAACUAGGUUUCGAAUCAAAACUUUUUCUUCACCAAGUAUUUACGUUGGUUGCAAAACUUUUUAAAGAUUCCAGCAAGAAAAGUGGUCAUCGAUUGGUGGGCGAUGUGGAUUAUGAAGCGGCCUCGAAAAGAGCAAGCUGGAUCACACCAGUUCCAGGGGGUUAGUAACCGUUAGGUAGACCAUUUAUAAACAUUUGUGUUGAGCAAGUCUUUUGGUGUAUACAUGUUUCUUCCUGAGGUAACACUGGACCAUGAACAGAUGUCCCUGAUGGGAUCUCUACACAGAAUUCUUCUAUGUACAGUGUAGAUUGAAAUACGCUCAAAUGCCCCCUACGUUAUUAUUUUACUCUGUCUAACGCCAGAUUAUUUUACUCAUCAAGGGUCUUGCGCCUGAAUGAGUUUGACCAAACAAUCUGCCAAUCUGUUCUGUUAACUCAUCAAGCUUCAAUGUGCGCAAAUGCGCCCAACUUUAUUAUUUUAUACUCUGUCUAGUGCCAGACAAUUUUACUCUACCUAACGCCAGAUUAUUUUACUCGUCAAGGGUCUUGCGCCUAAAUGAGUUGACCAAACAAUAUGCCAAUCUGUUCUGUUAACUCAUCAAGCUUCAAUGUGCGCAAAUGCGCCCUACUUUAUUAUUUUAUACUCUGUCUAGUGCCAGACAAAAAAAACUCUACCUAACGCCAGGUUAUUUUACUCGUCAAGGGUCUUGCGCCUGAAUGAGUUGACCAAACAAUCUGCCAAUGUGUUCUGUUAACUCAUCAAGCUUCAAUGUGCCCAAAUGCGCCCUACUUUAUUAUUUUAUACUCUGUUUAAUGCCAGACAAUUUUACUCGACCUAACGCCAGGUUAUUUUACUCGUUUUACAAGGGUCUUUAAAUUGAACUUGGAAUGUCGUUUGUUUAGGUGUUGGUCCAAUGACGGUAGCGAUGUUGAUGCAAAACACAGUAGAAAGUGCCAAGAAAAUGAUUCUUCAACAAAAGGUCUCAAAUCUUAAAAUGGGUUAUUCGCUACAACCUCUGUAUAAAUUACUGAGACACGCUCUUAGGAAAUAGGAGGUCGCUUCGUCCGCAAAUAUAUAUAUUAGUUCAAAGACCGGUAGAGAAUAUUAGGCUUAAAUAUAGGUUAGAACUAUCUCAAUUUAUUUUUUUAACCUACAUGUAUGCAUUAUAUAGAAGAGUGUAGAAAAGCUUGAAAUACAAUAUUACAAUAAUCAAUAUACAUUUGCGAUUAAUAUAAACAUCCCAUCUCUAUCUGUACUUUUGCAUGGAGUAUAAUGUCAUGAACAGAGAUAUAAAUUACGUUUAGUAUGAUGUUGUGUGUUGCUCUAUUAUAUAAUGUUGUAUCCCAUAUCAGAUUCGAGCAGGGACACAUAGAUAAAAGGGCAAAUAUGGGAAAAUUCCUACACUUUUUCUGGCAAACGUUCGCUAUAUAUGUACGCGUAUAUUAACUGGAUUUUUCAAAUGAUGAAAAUCGAUUCAAAGAAGUUCAGUACAUCAGCCCGCUAUUCCCACUUGGUAACCGCCCCUCUAAGCCGGCGUUCAUGAAUUUGCGGCUAUUCCUUUAUGUAUUCCUCUUCAUAAAAUGUUGAAAAGAUGAGUCUGAAAUGCUUUAGUAAUUGUGAUUCGUUUUCUAUUUAUCUUAGGCUGGUUUGUGGGAGAUAAAGUUUUUACCAUUGAAUAUAUUGAGGCCUGUCCCAAGGUAACUUGAAGUAAUAAUUGAACAAUCACCUAUGAAAUUUAAAUUUAUUAUGUACAUGAGUCUUCGAAAGCCAACCGUGAGAACAUAAUGGGAAAAUUUGAUGUCACAUUUGCUAAAGCAUUUCCCUGAUUGGUUUUUAAAACAAAGAAGUGUUCUUCCAAAUUGAAGCAUUCAUAAUUUAAGCUGAAGCUUUCACUACGUAUAAUGAAAAAAAAUGCUUGGUGCUUAUAUGAGAGUUGGUUAAUAAAGGAUUUAGGGUAUUUCAUGACUGACUUGCUGUACGAUAUAGUGCUUAGUUUCAUAGGCUAUAUAUUGUAGUUAGUUUCGCAAACUCGAAUUGUUCGAAACUUCUGUAGCGAUAUUGAAAUUUCCAAAGCGCAAGAUCCGAAGAACAUUCAACAACUGGCCAGUGAAGUUGGUAUACAACGAUAUGAGGUGUGUGUAAUUAUAUAGAAGACUAAAUUUAAACUAACUGUAUUUAUACUAGAUAGCUGUCAACCUCGCAAGCCAGGGUGUUUACUUCCGCACGGCGCUGCUGACCCUGACUUGCGAGUCUGUCUGUCUGUCUGUCUGUCUGUCUGUCUGUCUGUCUGUCUGUCUGUCUGUCUGUCUGUCUGUCUGUCUGUCUGUCUGUCUGUCUGUCUGUCCGUGUGUCUCUGCUCUGCUCUGUUCGUGUGUCUGUCUCUCUGUCCGUGUGCCUGUCUGUCUCUGUGUUUAGAUUGUUCUUCCCAGAAGUCCAUGGAAUAGAGGUGGGGGACCGAUUACCCCAAAUGCCCUGGGCCAGGUUGUUCAAAGCAGGAUUGGCCCCUAACCCAUGCAGACGGUUGAAAUUUAACUUGCUGUUUUAGUUUUUAUUUCUUCACGUCUUUCCAAACUUCAGAGAAGAAAGCUGCCAUACUGAUCCAGACAAAAUUUCUGAAGAAAUAUUUCCAAAUUCUUAUAACAAGCUGUGUGGAAGAUUCCUUUGAAUGCCAAGUUAACUUUGGGUUGAGCUAAUCCGCUUUCAAACAGCCCCGGCUCGCACCCCGCUGUCGUUCCAGCUACAAUGCUGCACGUUUUCCAUUCAUUAGUUGGAGUUGUAUGGCACAAAGAAAUGUAAAGUUUCGCUGUCUGUUUUGGAUCGACUCAAGAACGAACAAACUGGAAAAUAUGUCGUAGUGGCCGGGUAAGCUUAAAAUACAUCCUGCAGAAGAUGCAAACAUUUCCGUUUUAAGAGUUUUCAGUGUUAAACACCAAGCCAGUUCCCUCAAACAUUUCUUACAAAUUCUUCGGAACGUGGGGGGGGGGGGGUCACCCCCUCAUACCCCCUCAUACCCCCCUCAAGGUUCGCCCCUGAGCACGCUCAUUUAAGCUUGUUUUAGCGUGCUUAUGAGAACCCCUUAUUUUGGUGUCUCAUAAGCACGCUCGUAUAUGAUUGUUUUAGCGUGCUUAUGAGAACCCUUUAUUUUGGUGUCUCAUAAGCACGCUCAUAUAUGAUUGUUUUAGCGUGCUUAUGAGAAGCCCUAGCUUAUUUUGGUGUCUCAUAAGCACGCUGAUAUAUGUUUGUUUUAGCGUGCUUAUGACAAGCCCUAGCUUAUUCUGGUGUCUCAUAAGCACGCUCAUAUAUGUUUGUUUUAGCGUGCUUAUGACAAGCCCUAGCUUAUUCUGGUGUCUCAUAAGCACGCUCGUAUAUGAUUGUUUUAGCGUGCUUAUGAGAACCCUUAUUUUGGUGUCUCAUAAGCACGCUCAUAUAUGAUUGUUUUAGCGUGCUUAUGAGAAGCCCUAGCUUAUUUUGGUGUCUCAUAAGCACGCUGAUAUAUGUUUGUUUUAGCGUGCUUAUGACAAGCCCUAGCUUAUUCUGGUGUCUCAUAAGCACGCUCAUAUAUGUUUGUUUUAGCGUGCUUAUGACAAGCCCUAGCUUAUUCUGGUGUCUCAUAAGCACGCUCGUAUAUGAUUGUUUUAGCGUGCUUAUGAGAACCCUUAUUUUGGUGUCUCAUAAGCACGCUCAUAUAUGAUUGUUUUAGCGUGCUUAUGAGAAGCCCUAGCUUAUUUUGGUGUCUCAUAAGCACGCUGAUAUAUGUUUGUUUUAGCGUGCUUAUGACAAGCCCUAGCUUAUUCUGGUGUCUCAUAAGCACGCUCAUAUAUGUUUGUUUUAGCGUGCUUAUGACAAGCCCUAGCUUAUUCUGGUGUCUCAUAAGCACGCUCAUAUAUGUUUGUUUUAGCGUGCUUAUGAGAAGCCCUUAUUUUGGUGUCUCAUAAGCACGCUCAUAUAUGAUUGUUUUAGCGUGCUUAUGAGAAGCCCUUAUUUUGGUGUCUCAUAAGCACGCUCAUAUAUGUUUGUUUUAGCGUGCUUAUGAGAAGCCCUUAUUUUGGUGUCUCAUAAGCACGCUCAUAUAUGUUUGUUUUAGCGUGCUUAUGAGAAGCCCUUAUUUUGGUGUCUCAUAAGCACGCUCAUAUAUGUUUGUUUUAGCGUGCUUAUGAGAAGCCCUUAUUUUGGUGUCUCAUAAGCACGCUCAUAUAUGUUUGUUUUAGCGUGCUUAUGAGAAGCCCUUAUUUUGGUGUCUCAUAAGCACGCUCAUAUAUGCUUGUUUUAGCGUGCUUAUGAGAACCCCUUAUUUUGGUGUCUCAUAAGCACGCUCGUAUAUGUUUGUUUUAGCGUGCUUAUGAGAAGCCCUAGCUUAUUUUGGUGUCUCAUAAGCACGCUCAUAUAUGUUUGUUUUAGCGUGCUUAUGAGAAGCCCUUAUUUUGGUGUCUCAUAAGCACGCGCAUAUAUGCUUGUUUUAGCGUGCUUAUGAGAACCCCUUAUUUUGGUGUCUCAUGAGCACGCUCAUAUACAGGGGCGAAACUAGUUUCUUUUAAUUAGGGGGUGUCUGGCAGAAUUGCCCUGCCAAAACCAAUGAUGCCCUGCAGCGCCAGCGCUAAUACAAUACAUCACUAACUGCCGAUGCCAAUGUACAUGCAUGCAUGUAUACCAACUGCUUAUUGUUUGCUAGCUGUAAUAAGUUACUUAAUAACUCUACAUUCUAUCAUUUAAAGUCUUUGGUUGCCCUGCCAAUCUGGAUGAUUCGUAUUUUGGGGGGGUGUCCCCCCACCCCCCAUACCUCCAUAUUUAAAACAUUCGCAGUGCGUGUUUUAUCAGACCUAAAGACACUCAGCUUCGCCUCGUAUCUUUAUAUCUAAUAAAACACUCUGCUCAUGUUUUAAAUAGUGCAUGAAGCCGCAAUUUGUUGCGGCCUUAUAUUGUUAUUUUAUUUUAAGCCGCUUUCCUUUCAUUUUUUGUUUAGGAUAACUCCAACACCACUAGGGGAGGGCAAGAGUACAACAACAAUAGGUAUUUCUCAGGCCAUGUCGGCUCAUUUGAAGAAGAAUACGUUUGCUUGUAUACGGCAACCAUCACAAGGACCGAUUUUUGGAAUAAAAGGUUAGUACUCUGUGCAAUGAAACUCGGCCUGCGCCUAUACUAUGGUCACCUCAUGUUAUCACGGACAUUUAUUUUUGUACCGCAAACCGCUAGAGGUAAAAAAAGUAUCACCUCUAACUCUAACCCUUUUAUGUUUUUAGGUGGAGCCGCUGGUGGGGGUUAUUCUCAAGUUAUUCCAAUGGAAGAGGUGUGUAAACAUUAGUUUUUUAUUAUCAACGACUUGACAAAGUUCGGAAAUUUGGUGUGUACUGUCAGUGACCAUAGUAAACAAUUACUUGCUUCUAUUACCCUCUUUCACUUUGUAGUUUAAUCUUCAUUUAACUGGAGACAUUCACGCAAUCACCGCUGCGAACAAUCUUGUAGGUAGGUGCAGAUUUUAUUAUUGUACUGUGAGUCGCAUGCAUGCAAUAACAUAAUUAAAUUUUAUGACGGAUAUACUGUUUAAAUGUUAGAUAUUGCUUCUUUAUUGCCGUUUUCAGCUGCAGCGAUUGACACGAGAAUAUUUCACGAGUCAACCCAGACAGAUGAGGUAACUAAUUCAGAUCUGUCACGAUAUCAAAUUUCAGUUGACUCGAUAUAGCUGGCGAGAGAGCUUCGUGUAUGCUUAAUACGAAAAUAAGAAGAUACUGUAUAGUUGUACUUGUAUUGGGUUAGUCCUGUUCUCAGGCUAUAGUGAAAGAGACGUAUCGAAAUAAAAAUUUCGUGUAUACUCUUGUUUUUUAGGCUUUAUUUAACAGACUGUGUCCUGCCAAGGAUGGAAAGAGAAAGUUUUCAGACAUUAUGUUGAGACGAUUAAAGGUUUUUUCAGAGUUCCCUUUUAACUGUUGUUUGGUUUGGUUUGUUUUGGGUCUGUUUUGGGGUUGGUUUGGGGGUUGUUUUGGGGUUUGUUCGGGGUUGUUUUGGUUGGUUUGUUUGUUUGUCAGUAAAAACAAUGAAUGUUGUUCCUUUGUUGUAGAAACUCGGUAUUGAUAAAAGUGAGCCAGAAGAACUAACGCCUGAAGAAGCUGGGAAAUUUGCGAGACUUGACAUCGAUCCCGACAGCAUUACAUGGCAAAGAGGUAGUCUUGCAUGAUUUACUUUUGUGUGUUGUACGGUAUGCAAUUUAGUCUUUACUGUAAGUGCAAAGAUUUAUCCAUUAUUACAUGAUCCCUGCAGAUAACCUCUAAUUUCCUUAGUUUUUUCUCACAGUUAUGGACACAAAUGACAGAUUUCUACGACAGAUAACUAUUGGUCAAUCACCUACAGAGAAAGGAAGGACUCGUGUGGUCAGUAUACAUAUUUUCCGAGGGUCAAGGGUACAGGAGAGUAAGAUAGUAAAACUUUUUUUCAAUUGUUUUAGUGUCAGUUUGAUAUUUCAGUGGCAAGUGAGAUUAUGGCCAUCCUAGCGCUUGCUAAGAACCUAGAAGACAUGAAGGAACGGUGAGUAACUUAAAUAAAAUUGAAAUUUUAGGCGCGAUGUACUUUUGAUGGAUGUGAACGAGAUUAUGAAUGUUUAGAUGAGGGUAUACAUGCUGUAUACUCAGAGCAUUCAUAACUCGCACAAGAAAUCGCAGAUUGUAUUAAGCAUAUGCCGGACCUGUCAGACUGGAAACUGAACAAAACAACAGCUUUAACAUUGCCGGAUGUGUUUUCCUGUAGAUUUGGAAAGAUGGUGGUAGCAUGUGAUAAAAAUGGACACGCAGUGACAGCUGAUGAUCUGGUAGGAUAAUUGAUUUAUUGGAAAAUCUUUAAACACGGUAUGGCGGUUUUUGUGCACUUGUGGGUGCGUGCAAAACCAAAAACCAUGAAUUGUUGCUACGUUUUUGGCCAUGUUUGUUUGAACUAUACUUAAAACAGAAUUACUGUUCCGUCUUGUUUGUAGGGUGUCACAGGAGCAGUUGCUGUUCUGAUGAAGGAUACAAUUAAACCAAACUUAAUGCAAACUUUAGAGGUACUGUAUAUAUUAGUGUAGUUUAGGUAUCAUCUCUACUGUGUUGCUCGUUUGCAAUCGACGCCAUCUUGGUUGAUUUUCGUGGCAACUAUAAAUCUAUAUUCUUCAUUCUUUGUCGUAUUGUGCCAGAAAUCGUAAACUAUCCAUAAUACAGUAAGAUGUUUUCAAAACAAACCAAAAAUAUUAAAGUAACUUAACUAUUUCGAUGUAAGCGGCUGGGCAAAACUUUAAAAUCAACCAAGUUGGCGCCUAAUGCGACAUAGUGACGUCAUAUGCAAGCAAAGAAUAGAUAGUUUACUUUAUGGUAUGGCAUGAGUAGACUUUCAUUCUCACAAAACAUACAUAGACACAUACAGACUGUAUUUAAACACACUAGCCUCGACAACCAUCAGCUGGUUUCAUUGAGGGGCGUGUACAUUUAUCAUCCACUUAUCAUUCAAUAUUAACAAACUUAUAUAUCAUCCAAAAUUCUUGUCUAAAGGGUUCUCCCGUGUUUGUUCAUGCCGGCCCCUUUGCCAACAUUGCUCAUGGAAAUUCAUCGAUUAUCGCGGACAGAAUAGCGCUGAAGCUUGUAGGAGAAGAUGGCUUUGUUUGUAAGUAUGAUACUCUUACGCCCGUAUUCUAAAAGCUCACUCACACUCGAUGAUUGGAAGUUUAAUGUGAGGUUCUCUCGAGUGUCAUUGCUGUUUUUGAAUAGCUCGAGGGUUAGUGUCGUACCUUACUAUGUGACUACUCACCCUCCAGCUAUUCAAAAACAGCAUUGACACUCAAGAGAAGCUCAGAUUGAACCUCCACUCAUUCAGUGUGAAUGAGCUUUUAGAAUACAGCCGUUAGUGUACUAAACUGUAAAUAAAUCAAACUUAGAGAUUAUUACCUGUGGUAGCGUUGGGCCCAAACAUGCAUGGCCCUUGCUACACUUCUAAGGAGAACAGUUUAGAACCCGUAGAGCUAUCCAGUAUAAGUUUAGAAGAUUUCAAAGACUUUCAUGCAAACUGCCCCUCUUGAUAUAUUUCUCUGUUUAAUAGUCACCGAAGCUGGAUUUGGAGCAGAUAUUGGAAUGGAAAAAUUCUUUAACAUCAAAUGUAGAUAUAGUGGUAUGGAGAUUAUGUUUUCAUUUUUAUUUAUUUUUCAAUUCAUAUUACUGUAUAUAUAGAAUCACUCACUAUCAAAUAUUUCGACCAAAUUCAGGUCUUGUUCCAAACUGUGUUGUUCUUGUGGCGACUGUUCGAGCAUUGAAAAUGCAUGGAGGAGGCCCCAAGGUUUGCAAAUAUUUGAAUUGUAAAAAUUGUACAUAAAGCACAUUUUUCUAAACGAUAUUCGGUAACCUGAAACUACGUGCUAUAUAGAACAAGGAGGAAGAAAUUGCAUAUAAUACAAACACAUAAUUGACUCCUUAAAGUGCAUAUGACAUGAAUUUUCUUAAAUGAAAGAACUCUGGAAGCUGUAAUUUAACUUAUUUUUCAGUUUCUUGUUUUUAUGGUUUGUUCCCGAGAUAUUUCAAUUUGUUUGGUAUGUAAAUGGUGUGAAUAUGUCCGCUAAUUUAUGACGUCACGUUGGUUGCAAGCUCUUCAAAAUGGUUGAAAUCACGGCUAUCAUCCAAGAUGAUAAUUUCUAACUUCACUCACUGGUGAAUGUGAUAAAAUACUGGAGAAAAACGUGAACUGAUAUCAAACAGUUUUUAGAGUUAAUAGAUUUAUAACCAGUGUAAGUUGAGCUUGCAACCAACGUGACGUCAUAGAUUAGCGGACAUAUUCACACUCAUUUACAUACCAAACAAAUUGAAAUAUCUCGGGAACAAACCAUGAAAACAAGAAACUGAAAAAUACGUUACACUACAGCUUAAAGUGUUCUUUCAUUUAAGAAAAUAAAUAUUUGCAUCCGUCAGAAACACACAAAGUCUCAUCUCAUCAGUCCAAUCAUGUUUCAUGAGGAAUAUGCACUUGCGCAGAACGUACUGUAUCGCACCUUUACCCAGAAAUACAUGUUUCGUUUUGUGCGUUUCAGGUGGUAGCUGGUCGACCUCUCGCAGAUGUUUACGUUGAAGAGGUGAUUUUAAUGGCAAUAAAUAUUGUUGAUUAUAUUAGCUACAGGACUAUAGUUGAUACAUGAGGUGCUUUAUGUUUAUUGAUCUUGCAUAUGUGUGCUCUUUAGAAUUUAGAUUUGGUGAAAAAUGGAUUUUCGAAUCUUGCCAAACAAAUUGAGAACGCUAUGUUCUUUGGCGUGUCUGUCGUGGUGGCUGUUAACCGAUUUAAGUAAGUGGAAAAUAAACAACAAACGAACAAUCAAAGAAAGAAAGAAACAAGUAAACAAUUAAGCGAACAAACAAAAACAAUCAGACAAACAUUUGGGCAUUUAUUGACACAGAACAUGCAGACAAAGAGAUACACUGCUAGUUGGUUUGGUCUUCCUGAUUCCUGGAAUAUGGAUCUUUGAUUGAUUUGUCUCAUGUUAGUCAUGUGAGAGGAUAUUGAGAGGUUUUGUCCAGUCUAACUCUACCAAACACCGCAAAUUUUCUUCACGUACUCCGAGCAGUAACACUGCCCCUACCAGUCACCGGGCAAUAAGGAGUACCACUUGUAAAGAAAACUACUAUAGAAAUAAGUUAUUUUCCAAUAGAACUGACACAGACGCUGAAAUUGAGUUGCUUAUCAAUCUCUGCAAAGAAGGUGGUGCCUUUGAUGCUAUCCAGUCAACACACUGGGCUGAUGGAGGUGAUUUAACAAUUUUUUUUUUAAUGUUUUCCCAUCUGAAGAAUGGUCACUGCUUGAAGAAAAGGGAGUUCCUAAACGCCUGUAUUAAACGCUCGUUCACACUGUCAAAGUUUCGGUAAAGUUUUGAAGGAUUUGUAAGAAAUGUUUGAGGGAAUUGACUCAGAGUGUUAGACACUGAAUCAGUUCCCUCGAACAGUUCUUACAAAUCCUUCAAAACUUACUGAAAUGCUUCAAUCUUACAAAAACUACUUCAAAACAGUGGCAAUUGAUACACCAGGCGGAAAUCUUAACUUGAAGAUAAAAAACAGAGCCCAGCAAAUAACUUUAAUAACUUUAAUUUUAUAUUCAAAACAAUUUACCUAUGCAAAAUUCCUACUGUGAUCACAGAAACUUUGAGAUUGAACUCCUACGGUUUAGCUUGAGGUUGGGAUAUAUAUUUUCCAGGGGGAAUGAGCCCGAUGCGUCUUUAGAGUUUUUAUAACUAUUGUUUAGGUGUUGGAGCUGUGAAAUUAGCCGAAGCAGUAAUUAAAGCAACUAAACAGCCCAUUGACUUCAAGUUUCUCUAUGAUCUACAGGUUAGUAAUUUUACCAAGACUGUCUGUCGCAGUGUAGGUAGAGUCAAUGAUAAGAAAGCUUCGGAUAGGGAUACAACUACCUGAAAAAUACAAGGAGAACUUUAUUCUUUUAUAAAGCUUUAUGAUGUUAUAUAUGCUUGCUGAAAAGCUUUCAUUAUCCACGUACCUACCAGUAUACCUACCUGCCUGUGAAAUAUUUUAAUUUUUCCUACAGUUGCCAAUUGAAAAGAAAAUAGAAACGAUCGCGCAGAAAAUCUACGGUGCUGAUGGGGUGGAGUUUUCAGAAGAAGCUCAAAAGAGAAUUAAUUUAUUCAGAAGUCAAGGAUUCAACGAUCUGCCAAUAUGCAUGGCUAAGACACAUUUAUCUUUAUCCCAUAAUGCUGACUUAAAAGGCGCUCCGAAAGGUAUGUAGGGGUGGGGGGAUUAGAUUACCAUCAUAUUACCACCCUUUUGUUGCUGCAAAUCUCCGUAUAUUUCAUGCAAAUUUGCUUAAUUAAAUCCUACCAAUGCUUUUAUGUUUGUAAAAUUAUUAUGCUUGUGAUGUUACUCUGAGUGUAUAUCCACACCGGGCAAGCUUGAAAAAUAUGCCUGACCACGGUGGUCGUAGGUUCGAUUCCCACCGUGGUCAGGCAUAUUUUUCAAGCUUGCCCGGUGUGGAUAUACACUCCGAGUAACAUCACAAGCAUCAUAUUCACCUGAGUAUAUUACACCAACACAGAAAAAUCAUUACUGUAAAAUUAUUGUUACAGCUUUGUUACACGGUUAUUCAGAUACAGUUCAACAGCUUUCAGAAGUUAUUUGGUUGGGCGGUUGGGCCUCUCCCCUGCCCCCCCCCCUCCCCCCUCGUUUCUGUAACUCUUCCUCUUAUGAUUAUCAUAAUUUGUGGUAGUUUUCUAAUCCAUGGCCAUAUUUCGAUCGUUAUUUUCCUUUCCAGGAUUUGUUUUACCAAUUCGUGAUGUUCGCGCGAGUGUCGGUGCAGGCUUUCUAUUUCCUCUGGUGGGCACGGUAUGUGGACUGCCAUUAAGGCAACUUAUUUUUUCCACACACGGACGGAGCUUGUAUAACAAUACUGCCAUUCAGUCCGGAUUCAGUGAUCGGAAUGUUCCAUCGUCUUCUCGUUGUUUUGCAAAUUGCACUGUUCUCCUUGCCAUCCAGCCAAUCAUUGUUUCAUUUCAACAUUCUGCCAAGGGGUUUAUAGAACUCAAACGUGAUGGAAACGUUGUUGAUCAUACAACCAACACGAACAAGUGUUCUUGAGGGGAAACUUGGGUUUAGAAGUGUUCAUUGGAGAAGAGUCUUAAGCCCAGAUUAAACGAGGCUGAGAGUGCAUGAGAGUUGACAGUCACGUGACCUUGGUUAGCUGUUCUUAAUGCUUUCCCAACACUAUCAUGUAUUCUAUUGAAGUUAAAACAUAGUUGGGAAACUCAUCAAAACUUUAUUUUGUUAAUCUAGAGCUUGACACUCAUCAACACCGUUUGACAGGGGCUUUAAUUAUUAGAUAGUGGGUAUUUAUUGAAAUAAGUCAAAUAUAUUGUGUUUUUCUGUCAUUUAGAUGAGCACAAUGCCAGGUCUCCCAACCAGGCCGUGUUUCUACGAUGUCGAUUUAAACACAGAAACGGAGGAAGUACUAGGAUUAUUCUAGACCAAGACAGUAGAAGACGUCACAGGACAGUAGUUUGGAUUUGCUAAAUCUGAAUUCAAGAAAUUGAGUUGUUUCUGGGUACCGUAGAGUGCAGUUUAGGGGAUUUAGAGUAUCUAUUAAUUUAUGACUUGAUUUUCUAAAAUUUAUAUUGUCUAAGAAGAUAAAAUUAUUUUUCUGAUAAAAAUAAUAAAAUAUUCCGUUGAGUUACUGAUAAUCCUAAGGACUUCUUUAUAUUUGCGGUGAAGCUGUUUAAAUUCUCAACAUCGAGUAUAACUCAUCAUAGGUGCAGGCCUUAAAGUAUCUUUUCCAGGGCCGUCUGACAAAAUGUCCGGUGACGUUGAGACUGGGUCGGACAUGUGUCCGAUGACCUUCAGUUCAUUUUUGACUCGGAAACUUAAGUCUGAAUGACACAAAUGAAUAAACGGUGAAUGUUGUAAAGAUAUUAAAUAAUUUGUUUCUUUCAUACAUACUUGCCAGAACAGCAGUAUCCUGAAAAAGACUUCGACUUACCACUUCACCAUUUCGCUCGCCGCCCCGCGCUCGACUACGUUAAAACAACAUUUCCAGUUGACCUUUUAUACAAUAGUACUCUGAUUUUGCAUUUAACAUACAAGCCUGCCUCUAGUCCUGGCCUCCUGUGCUAGGGUACAUUUUGAUUUACGUCGGACAAAGCUACAGUUCGGUCGGACACCAAUACACUCGGGUCGGACAAACAAUAAACCUCAGUUUCACUUAGGUCGGACAGAAUGUCCGGUGGUUUCUUUUCUACGUCGGACAAUUUCACGAAUGGGUCGGACAAUGUCCGUGACCGACCGAUAUUUUAAGGCCUGUCAUAGGUGUGGCUGCACUGGGGCGGCAUUUCACCACGAGAAUUGCAUUUGAAUAUUAUUGUUUCAUCUGCCUUCGUGUUAAAGUCUCGUGGAAUUGCUUGCAUGAAAGCCACCAAUUCAGCACUUUCAUAAUACUGUACAGACGGUUUAAAUAUUCUUUUAUUUACAUAAAUUGAAGAGACAAGGCUGCUUUUGUUAAAAUGCACAUGAAAUAGUAUCUAAACCCGUCUUGUUAUGAGAGCGGUCUAUGAUUGGGUCGUCACGGCCCCUAUAUAUGAAGAGGCUUUGUGUUUGGUUGGUUAUGACAAUAGAAGACAAUAAACUCUGUAAGGAAUGAGUCACAACACAACCCCGCUAAAGACCCUGGCUUGCGAGGUUGUCACAAACACCGAUUACUUUUGCUUCAGAAAGCCGUUCAAAUUAGGAAGAUAUGCAUUGACGUGCGUUGAUAAUUUGCGUAUAAGUGUAUUUAGUGACACAUGAGCAAACACGUUCUUUGUUUUUAACAGCUGUUUAUUUGAAUAUUUGUACUUGGCCUUAGCCACAUAUGACACGUUCGAGCUAAACUUGUUCAACUUUAAUGAUAUUGCCCUAGUUUCUGGCUUUGCAGAUCUGGAGAAGUUCGAUUCUUGAAUUUCAAGUUGGAAAGAAUGAAUAGUAUUGAACAAUGUCCUGUGGUAUUUUUGGACGAAGCGGAGAAGCAUCUCGGAUGCCAGUUGUAAGUAUACAGGAUUUGCGCCAUUUCUAACUCGCAAAUAAAAAACUUCUUUGAUAGGAAAGCAUGAAGGCAAGUCUAGAUUCGGUAGCCUGUCGGUACACGACAGCUUGUUACUGAGGUAACGACGGCCUCGCGUUGCUGUUUGACGAUAGGGCUUAUUUUUUUUGGCUGAGAAUUUUACUUCGUAGGACCAUGACACAAAGAUCUAUCGUGUUCGAUAUAUGAGUUUUGAGAGACUUGUUACGCUUCGUCUCUCGCGGCGGUUAGCUCAGCGAAGAGUUCUCAUGUGCGAAGAGUUCUCAUAACAUAAGGCUAUGUUUACACUGUACCAAAUAGCUGGCGAUACGGAAUGUACAACUUUCAGAAGCUGAGCGAAACAACAUCUCUCCGUUGCAAUCAUUCCUCUGAAAAUAGCGUUCCUAAAAGGUACGGAUAGAUAUUUUUCACGUCGCUAUGAAAGGUUAUCCGUUACAGUGUAAACGCAGCUUUAGACUGAAUAUAUUGGAACACAUCCUAGGGCACGACUGAGGUCCUAACCGCCAUCUUUCCCGCUGAGAAUGAACUCAAUUUCGUACAUCAAAGCACCUCUCAAGCCUCGCCCGCCUUUCGGGUGUUCCGCCGCGGGUAGAUCGUCUGCCACGCAGGCUAGGGAUCAUCGUUAGUACUAAAUAUUAACUUUAUAUUAUGGGUGAAUAUUGGGACUUUGGGCAUCGAUAGGUGAUAGAAGUAAUGCCGCAUAAUACCUCAGGCUUUGCUAGGACACAAUCUUGUGGUUGGCAAUAAAUAUUUAAAUAAUCCGUUCCUCACUCUUUUGUUUUGUACGUUUAGGCUGAAUAAAACAAACGAAGUGCCAAAAAUGAGCGCCGUAAGUAGAGUUGUUAUGUCUGGUUCAAACACUGCACACGGUUACUUGCCGAACCCUGAUGAGAUGACCAAAACUCACUGUUUCAACUUAUAUAUAUUCAUUUAUGUUCGGUGCAUGAAAAGUGAGACGUUUGAACUUAUAAAGCGGCCUAAGGCCUGUUUCAAACGUCGCGCUUCUCAUGUGCUGAAUGCGUUUAAAAACAAUAGAUAAUCAGCUGAAAUGCCUCAUUAUAUAUUGUUUUUAAUGCGUUCGGCACACGAGAAGCGCGACGUUUGAAACAGGUCUUAGAUUUUGCUUAAAUUGUAAAAGAAAGCUAGCCGACUGAGGAAAACAUCUUGCAACAAGCGUUCUUUUUUCUUCAUUACUGUAUUCCAACAAACCUGGCCAGCUAUAAAAUUGUUGUUUCGUCAAUAUUGAACGACGAAGAAUUGUCUUGAUGAAACGAAGGUUUAAUACAAACUGGUUUUCUAAUUUUUUUUAGGAAUUUCUAGAAAUGGAAUAUUUGAUGAUAAUUCCACCAGGUAUUCGCUUUUGAGUUGCACAAUGUAUUCGUUAUUCUGGGGAGAAUGGGUGUGUGUGUGUGUGGGGGGGUGGUGUCGAAUAUAGAUGUUUUCAUCUAUGAUAUAAAAUAUACCAAAUCUAUGGCUUUCAGAUUAUCAUAAAAUGUAUUUAAAAUUGCAUGAAAUUGCGUCUCGCAGACCCUAAAAAAAGAAACAUUUUCGCCCCUGGAGGAUUAGAACCCCCCCCCCCCCACACACGCUCGUUUGGGGUUGGCUACCCCUGUUUCAAGGAUCGGGUUUCAGUCGAUGUUUUUUUUUUCAAUUGCAGAGUUCUGUGUCCAUAUUAUAUAUGUCCUAUAGCAGUAUAGGACAUUAUUUAUAACCAUCAUAUUUCUACCACAGAACUAGAGGACUCGAAACAUUAUGUGAAGAAUGAAACGAUACCGGAAGAGGAAGAGGUCAAAUCAAGAAAGUCACUUCCUCCAUCUUUUCUUUAUAUUUUGUCGCUUAUCGUUCAACAAAAUCCAUUUUCUCUUCAUCACACAAUACCAUAUAAACCUGAGCAUCAUCCCUCGUACUAUGUUAUAAAUCGCUGUGAUGAUUAUCGGUCUAAUUGA